AUCGGGGCUUGCCCAUGGUCGCUAACAGGGAAGUACUGCAUAAGGCUUGCCCAUUUCACGCAGACUAGGAAACGGUGGAGGCUGCAAGGUCAUUUAAACGAAUGUUUCAUGUGACACGCUAGUCAACAAACUCCACCGUCCAGACCAGCCAUGGCGAAUCCGAACUCUAGCGGAGACAGCGACACAGAUCUACCCGGAAGUGAGACUUCGGACGAAGUUUCACAUGCUGAUAGCGGCUUCAAGAAAUUCUACUCGAGUGUGAAAAAGUUGACGAAGCGGGUUGCUAGCAUCAGUGAGUCCCCAGCUACGAGUCCAGUGUCCACGGAAAAGACUGGUCAUUUCACAGACAUUCCAUCCAGCCCCCGCGGACAAACAGGUGACGCCGCCUUCGGGAACGUCUUCGAUGACCCAAGUUAUGUACGAACUUCGGAUUCGGUGUACGACUUCAGCUACAGGUCACGUGGAGUGGCUGUGCUUAUUGUCAAUGUGACCUUCCUGAACCCGAAAAUAUCUCCAAAUAGAGAAUAUGCCAAACGCGAUAUUGAAGUGUUUGAAAAGAUCUUAAAAGCCCUGAACUUCACCGUAAUAAAACUGAAGGAUAAAUCUACAGCGGAAUUACUGCAAAGACUUGAAGAAAUACGUUCGACAUUGACCUCGGACUGCGACUGCUUUUUGUGCCUGAUCAGCUCACAUGGUCUGGAAACGAGGAUACCCAGCGAGAAACAGAGGCGACAACACACGACCUUCACCUACGACCGCUGGAUACCUACCGAUAAUAUCAUCAGACCGUUCACAGAGAGCUACUGCCGGUCUCUGAGAGGGAAACCUAAACUCUUCUUUAUACAGGCCUGUCGUACCGUUCACGGAUCUGCGGACUGUGACUCAGUAGACCGGGGUAUCACAGUAACGGACGCCGUACGUGCUCCCCAGAGUCGGCGAUAUGACGUCAGAGACCAUCCUGAAGGGAUGGACGUGGAUAGAGACAGUCCGAUGGGGAUAAAUAACUUACAUCCAUCAGUAGGGGAUGAGCAGGGCGAUCCGAACGGCUCAUCGCAAGACCUGUCUCAAUCUAUUCGGGGGAAGAUCAACCUAGAUGAAAUUCCUUUCGCAGAUGACGAUGAUACAGAAGACAGUGAUGAUCCAGACUUGUCAGCGGCAGACAACUCGCGUGUGCCCUAUUACCCGCCCCGCCCGCGCCAUUCUGGUGAUGUGGACGUCUGUACAAUCCCGUGUUAUCCUCACUGUCUCGUCAUGUUCUCAUCUGCUUCAGAGCGUUUCGCAUGGUCCAAUGACUUCAAGGGAGGAUGGUUGCCAUACUGCAUGUAUGAAGUCCUCUAUAAGAUGGCACAACAUAACUUCCGGAUUGACCUUCUGGAGGCGUUAACGGAAGUGAACGAGUUGAUGGCGAAAAGUCUGGAGACAAACGUCCUCGGUGAUAAGGUCAUGCAUAAAGUGAAGUCCGCGGCCUGCAUCUACCAUAUGCUUACCAAAGAUAUUUACCUUACACCCAAAUACGCCCCAGUACCUGUGGUUGAUAGGGUACAAGUCUCAGCAGUGUAGUCAUGGUAACGAUGAUACAUAGGGUAAAACAGGGAUAGUGGAGCCAGUGACGGAUAUGGGUUUUGCGUUAUUUUUUGACGUCACAGUUACUCAUUUUGAAGCCGUUGUCGUUUGAACGUUUAUGUGACAAAAAUCGGUCUCAUAGUUUAGCAUUUCUAUUUUUUUUUCAUAUCAUCCUACUUGUUUUUUGGUCUGCAGCUUUAGAUAAUAAUUCUAGUGCUUUAUUUGUCAUGUUGCACGAAUCUGUAGAAACAUAUGCAUCUUUCUGUGCCAUUUACAAUUUUCAAUCGCUCCCUAUAAUGUUCAACAGACCAUCGAAUCCGAUAAAAACGACGCAAGUUGAGCUACCGACCAUUGUGACGUGGUGAUAACUAUAAGUUCGGUUUGAUAUUCUGUUGUGCUAACCUAUAUGCUUAUAUGUUCAAAAUGUGUAUAAUUUUCGGUGUUCGUAUUGUGUAGAACACCAAUUAUUGAAUAAAAGAUUUAUUUUUAA